AUGGACAACUACAUGUUCAAGAGCGAACAAGAUGCGUAUCGGCAAGAGUCGAAGAGGACAGGAGUACAGAUCACCGAGCACACCGAGUCUGAUCAGGAAAGGGACGGCAGUGGCCACGAGGAUGGCCCGACAACGCCAAGCAGACUCUCGAGAAUGGAACAGCUCAUGGAACGGUUAUGGGCCUUUGAGAUCUUCGCCCUGGUCAUCAGCACACUCGCGCUGCUGGGCCUAAUCAUUCUCCUCCGAGUCACAAACGGCCAGAAAGUCCCCAACUGGACCGUGAAACCCAGACACACGAAGCCGUUCACCGUGACGAUCAACUCGGUGAUCUCCAUCUUUUCCACUGCUGUCAAGUCGACGGUGCUCAUCCCCGUCGCGGCGGCUAUGGGAGAGUUGAAAUGGAUGUGGUUUAACUCGGGCCAUCGGCUCACAGACAUUCAGGUCUUUGAGAGCGCCGCCAGGGGGCCGCUUGGAGCUAUCAUCAUGCUGUGGAGCUUCCGAGGGCGCAGCCUGGCAUGUCUUGGAGCUGUCAUCAUCUUGGGCUCUCUUGCACUCGACUUUGGUUUCCAACAGCUGGUCACUUACCCACUUCGGCCCGUCAACCUUGGACCGGCCACGAUCGCACGGACCAACGAAUACUUUGCCUCCCGUCCUGGCUGGAUCACUGGUACACCUUUGGCCGAGAAGGGUAUGGUAGCCGCUAUCUACACCGGCAUGUAUGGUGAUGGUAAAAGCUUUUCAGUCACUCCAGACUGUGUCACCGGCAACUGCACCUGGACGGAGGACUACACGUCGCUGGGAUUCUGUUCUCGGUGUUACAGCACCACCGACCAGAUCGUCAAGCAGUGCAGCACGUUCAACUAUACUUUCGUUGACGAGAACGGCAACCCACAGGUCGUAGGCGACCCCAUCCCUUACUGCAACUACACGAUGCCCUCAGGACAGAUCAUACCCGGCGUCAACUUCACCCAGGGGUACCCGGAUCCCGUCUUCGUCGAUGUUAGCAAUAGGCCAGCCUCUGACACGACAUAUUUCGGCAAGCCGCUCACUGCCCAUGUGGCUACCUUGUCUGUGAUGCGGGCCGAGUGGCAGAAAAUUGCCGACGAUCAAGAGCGGUACUACGACACAAUCACCCGUGUCAACGCAACCGAAUGCGGCAUUGAUGCCUGUGUGAUCAAGUACCACGCCACCAUGCAGAAGUCCAACUUCACCGAGGUAAUCAUUGACACCUUCAUCAACGAGACGGACCGCCUAAUCUUCUCGGACGGAGACGGGGGCUACACCAUGCCCGUGUAUAUCCAUCCUCCACAGUCAUGGACGAACCACUCCAACGUCAACGACAGCAAUAUCUACUCCUUAGGCAGUAUCACCCUCCAAGCGCUCCAGUUCCAGUUCGGCAUGAAUGCGAACCAGCCGCUCUGGGGUGGAAGGUUUAUUGACUCCAUGUUCGGACAAGUCAAUGUCGACAAUGACGUUGUCGCCUAUAUCCGCUACCUGGACGAAGCCGGCAUGGAGGACAUGAUGUCCUCACUGACUUCCAGUAUGACGACUCGCAUUCGGGCGGCGCCUGGAGAGGAUACCAACUCAUACGGGCCCGGACCCCACACAAUCGGCAUCACCACGCAGGACAUGCCGCAUGUGAAUGUCCGUUGGGGCUGGAUUGCGCUGCCUGCCGCGAUUCUGCUCCUCAGUGCCCUCUUACUGGUCUGCACGAUGAUCGAGUCGAAGCGCCAAGGCGCCACCAUGUUGUGGAAGAGCAACGCCCUCGCACAUUUCUAUCAUCCUCUGACCAAGGAGGGCAGAAAUAAGUUGAGGGAUGCGCACAGUGCGAAACACGCCGAGAAGAUCGCCCAGGACAUGAGGGUGAAAUGGCAGGUGACGGACGAAGGUGGCCGUUUUGUGCCGAUCCAAGGCAAUUGA